UAUAAGUAACGGUUGUAAUAGUUAAUUAUUAUAUUCAUUUGUAUCAAAACUUUACUUCAUCUCCUUCUCUCUGACUGUGUUGGUGUAUCUUCCCAAUUUUCAAGAUUUCAGACGAGGGACACCAAGGAAAAUCAACUUCCAAAAUCUUCAGUAUACUUCUAAGGUUCCUCAACUUAAAUUUGUAGCACAUAUAUAUUCUUCAGUUCUGAUUGACAUAGACACUGCAGAGUAGGGGAUGAAUGUGCUGUCUCUGAGAACCAUAAGAUUCUAUCCUUGAUUCAUUGGCACACAGGGUUUUGUUGUUGUGCCUGAUUUUCUUUUGAAUAGGCAAACAUUUUUUAGUUAUUGGUUAUGUUAGAUUCCAGGGUUUGAAUCCUAGGACCUCCUGUUUGAAACUCCUUUGGUGCCCCUUACAAGAUCUUGGGAGGAAGUUUUAAUCCAUAUUUUAAGGCUUCCUAUGGAGAAUACAUCAAAAGUCUUGAUGCAAAGAUAUGAAUUAGGAAGAUUACUAGGCCAAGGAACUUUUGGAAAAGUUUACUAUGGAAGAAGUACAAUAACUAACCAAGGUGUAGCUAUUAAAAUGAUUGACAAAGAUAAGGUUAUCAAAAAUGACCAAGCUGAUGUUAUAAAAAGGGAAAUAUCUGUUAUGAGACUUGUAAAACAUCCAAAUAUUAUUGAGCUCUUUGAGGUCAUGGCAACAAAGGGAAAAAUUUAUUUUGUUAUAGAAUAUGCUAAAGGCGGUGAGCUUUUCAAACAAGUAGCAAAAGGAAAGCUGAAAGAUGAUGUUGCGCACAAAUAUUUCAAGCAGUUAAUUAGUGCAGUUGAUUUUUGUCACAGUAGAGGUGUAUACCAUAGAGACAUAAAGCCAGAGAACAUUUUAUUAGAUGAGAAUGAGAAUCUGAAGGUAUCAGAUUUUGGUUUAAGUGCUUUUACUGAAUCCAAAAGGCAAGAUGGUUUGUUGCAUACAACUUGUGGAACUCCUGCUUAUGUUGCUCCUGAAGUGAUCAAAAGGAAGGGUUAUGAUGGUUCCAAAGCUGAUAUUUGGUCUUGUGGAGUUGUUCUUUUUGUUUUACUUGCUGGUUAUGUACCUUUCAAUGACUCCAAUUUGAUGGAGAUGUAUAGGAAGAUAAGUAAAGCAGAGUUUAAGUGCCCUAAUUGGUUUCCGAAAAAUGUUAAGAAGUUACUGGGUAAGAUGUUGGAUCCAAAUCCUGACACUAGGAUUUCUAUCGAUAAGAUUAAACAUUGUUCUUGGUUUAAGCAUGGAUCAAAUGGUAGACCGAAAAAACGUGAAGAGGAAAAGAAGACUAUCUCUUCUUUGGCUACAAACUCUGCAGCCCCGACCUGUCAGAUUGAGGGCGAGUCGGUGUCCAAUACUGACACCAAACUGACCAUUGUGACAAAUCAUUUGGAUCAAAUGGAUGAAACUGAAAAGCAAGAGUCGGAUUUGCCUUUGAGUAUUAAUGCAUUUGAUAUUAUCUCUCUUUCGUCUGGUUUUAACCUAUGUGGAUUUUUUGAAGAUAGUUUUCAGAAAAGGGAAGCGAGAUUUACUUCGAAACAACCUGCAUCAACCAUUAUUUCGAGGCUGGAAGAGAUUGCUAAGAGACUGAAGAUGAAAAUAAAGAAAAGAGCUGCUGGUUUGUUGAAACUAGAGGGAGUCCAUGAAGGUAGGAAAGGGAUUUUGUCCUUUGAUGCUGAGAUUUUUGAGGUUACUCCAUUUUUUCAUUUGGUUGAAGUGAAAAAAUCAAAUGGAGAUACAUUGGAAUAUCAGAAAAUAUUGAAUGAUAAUAUUAGGCCUGCUCUUCAAGACAUUGUUUGGGCUUGGCAAGGUGAAGUACAAGAACAACCACAACAGUUAGAGACUCAGCAACAAGCACAGCCAUAAGAUCCUUGUUUCUUUUACAUUUCAUGCUAUACAAUUUUUUUUAGAAUAAUGUUGUUUAAUGCAAAGCCUUUGUGUGUUUAACUAUGACAUGACCUUAUUGUAACAUAUUAUUGUGUAUCAAAUUUGACUUGUAAAUGUUUAGUUUCAGUUUUUAUGUAUAGUUUCAUGGUUAACAAACAUUCCCAGUGACUUCUCAUGUUUUAAAGACAUAAGUAUUGAAGUCAUGGUAGCUUCAACUUGAA